UUGAUGUCACUAUAUAUGACAGGCAUCAUCGUUUCAUGAUUGAUACAGGAGCGGCCUACUCCUGUAUAGGAAAAAGUGGAAUUGGCCUGCCUCUCUCAGCAUCAAAGAUUCGAACAGUAGGUUUCUCUGGGAAAACCCAAAUAAUACCCAUGACUGAGCCAGUUCCCAUGAUUAUAGGUGAAAAGACUGUGUAUGCACCACUACUUUACUCAGAAGAUACGCCCAUAAAUCUGCUGGGUAGAGAUGUGCUAUGCCAGCUCAACGCAGAAAUUAAAUGUACCCCUAAUGGAAUUACCUUUGAAGCAACAGACAAGAAGGAAGCCUACAUGAUGCCACUAAGCCUGCAACAGACCCCCCAGACAAUUAACCAUGAUCUAGAAGACCAAGUGUUCUGGCUGAAACUCACCUCACCAACCUCCUUCCUCCAACUGGAGUGGGAAAAAUGGAGGCCCCUUGUAAUGAAUCACUAUGAGGAGUCUAAAGAACCCUUCCUCCCUCUCCAUUGCACCAUGUUUUAUGACAAAGGACAGACACACGAAGACUAUGAGAAAAGUUGGGAUGAAGAAAUUAACAACAAAACAACUGUCAUCCAAUACGCUGACAUAAUAGUUGGACCACAAGGAGCUGCAGCUGUUGUCACAUUUCCUGAUAAAGAAGUAGCAGAAUGGUUCCAGGUACCCAACUCAGCACCACAUGUCACAUUAUUGAUUGCAGACAAAUAUGAGUCACAUGACCUGGGACCCAUGGUCCAAGAAGCCAAGCAGGUCACUGAAUGGAUUGCUACAGCAUGGAACUGCAUUAGCAUGUCAAAAGAUGGACUGUUUUUCAAAAUCUCAUGUACACAAGCUGAUGAAGUAAUAGCAGAACACAUUAAAGUUCCUGGGAAAAGACAGAUGGCAGUGGCUGCAGAACAUGAAUCAUUAUUAGAUCAGGUUCCAGAGCAGGUAUGGUCCAAAAGCAAAACAGAUGUAGGGUUAGUAAAAUCAGCAGACCCCAUCAAAUUUACCAUCAAAUCAAACGUGAAAUUACCCUUUCAAAAACAGUACCCCCUUAAACAAGAGGCAGUAGAAGGGAUACAACCUAUUAUUACAGGAUUAGAAAUAGCAGGAGUCCUUAAACAAACGACAAGCCCCUGUAACACCCCAAUUUUUCCUAUCAGAAAGCCCAACAGUAAUGACUACAGAUUAGUGCAUGACUUGAGAUUGAUUAAUGCUAUUGUAGCGGAAGAAAUACCAGUAGUACCAGACCCACACACACUACUGAGUAACAUACCCCCAGGUACAAAAUGGUUCACCGUGAUAGAUCUGUGUUCAGCAUUUUUCAGUGUACCGGUCCAUCCAGAUUCCCAGUAUUUAUUUGCAUUCACGUACAAAGGCCAACAAUAUACUUAUUCGCGAUUACCACAGGGCUUUGUACACUCACCAUCAAUUUUCAAUCGUGUACUGGCAAAUGACUUAAAUCACCUUGACAUACCAUCCACAAUGUUGAUGUAUGUUGAUGACAUUCUGAUUUGUUCUGCUUCUAAAGAGCAGUGUGAAAGAGACUCCAUUACAGUGUUGACUGCGUUGGCAGAAGGAGGACACAAAGUGAGUAAACAAAAAUUGCAAUUCUGCCAGCAAACAGUGGAGUACCUUGGCAGGCAACUCAGUGGGGACAAAAGGUGUAUUGCACCGUCCCAACUGGAAGCCAUAAUACAAAUGCCCAGACCUCGGACUGUUGGUCACAUGUUGUCUUUCCUUGGCAUGGCAGGUUACAGCAGACCAUGGGUGUGUGAUUAUGCCAUCAAAACGGCUCCACUGAGAGCACUAAUUAAAGCUGCGGGACAAGGACACCAAUCUGCUCAAUUACAGUGGACAGAUGAAGCAGAAGGUGCGUUCCAGCUGCUGAAACAGGAUCUCCAAACUGCUCCUGCUCUUGCCAAUCCAGAUUAUGGCAAACCAUUCCAUCUCUAUGUGGCUGAGCGACAAGGGUAUGCAUGUGCGGUAUUGAUGCAAGACACCCCGACAGGUAAACAACCAAUUUCCUAUUACAGCACAAAAUUAGAUGGUGUCGAAGAAGGUUUGCCUCCCUGCUACCAGGGUUUGGCAGCAGCAGCCUUCGCAUACAAAAAGGCCUCAGUUAUUACUAUGGGCCACCCUGUAAUUUUGUAUACAUCACAUCAAUUACAUGCACUGCUUACCAGCCCACGCUUUGUGAUUACACAAGCUCGUCGAACAGGUUACGAAGUUCUGCUUUCAGGACCUGACUUAACAAUACAACGCUGUACCACGAUUAAUCCAGCCACAAGAAUGGUACUGCCCACAGAAGGUGAGCCCCAUGAUUGUCUCAAGGAGACGGACACCUUCAUGAAAGUAAGGGAGGACUUAUACAAUCAUCCAAUCCCAUCUGAUCUGACGCUGUUUGUGGACAGCUCCUGCAUCAGAGGUGAGACUGGGAACAGAGCUGGAUAUGGAAUAGUCCAACUCAACCCUAAUGGGACCUUUACCAAAGUACAAUCAGUGAGCUUAGAUCAACCUUGCUCUGCUCAGUUAGCAGAAAUAAAGGCAUUAACAGCUGCAUGUAAACUAGCUACUGGUAAAAAGGUGACAAUCUAUACUGACAGUGCCUAUGGAUACGGGGUUUGCCAUAUUAAUGCUAGCAUCUGGAAACAACGAGGGUUUGUUAAAACAGAUGGCACCCCAGUAACACAUGGGCAAGCAGUUGUAGAAUUAAUAAAAGCUAUGCAACUGCCAUCUGCCUUAGCUAUCGUAAAAUGUGCAGCUCAUCAGACGGCAAAGACACCCAUUGCCAUAGGAAACAACUUGGCGGAUGAAGCGGCCAAAGAAGCCACAGGACCUGCAAUGCAGGGACCAAUGGUUCACAUAGCUGAAUGUAAACCUAUUGCGAACUUAGCUUCGUUAAUACAAGCCCAAAACAGAGUCUCUGAAGCGGAAAAACGUCUGUGGGUGCAAAGGGGGGCGGCACGACUAUCACAUCCCCAUGAUGGUUUGUGGAGGAGUUGUCGAGGGCAUUUUGUUCUACCUUUGUCUCUGUUACCCACCGCGAUUAAAAUAAUGCAUGGACCUGAUCAUUGUUCACGAGCCCAAGUUAUUCAGAAGCUACAGGCAGUCUGGUGGUCACCUUAUAUGACACCUAUGGUAGACAGAGAGCUGGCCUUAUGCCCGCAUUGUCCUAAAUAUAAUGUGCGUAAGAUGUUCACACAACCCCUAGCACAUAUCCCCAUGCCGGACGGUCCGUUUCGUCAUCUGAUGAUGGACUACGUUGACAUGAUCACUCGUGUUCAGGGAAAGAGGUAUAUGUUGGUGGUUGUUUGUCGGUUUAGCAGGUGGGUGGAAGCAUGCCCCACUGCUAAAAAUGACCACAGAGCAGCGGCACGGUUUUUGUGUAAAGAAGUUUUUCCUAGAUUUGGCAUGCCUGACACCAUAUCAUCUGAUAACGGACCUCAUUUUGUUUCACAUGUGAUUCGGCAGAUGUUUACACUGUUGUGUAUAAAACAAAAGUUUGGUUGUGUGUAUCAUCCCCAGUCACAGGGCUCUGUGGAACGAGCUAAUGGCAUACUGAAAACCAAGAUUGCUAAGAUAAUGGCUGACAGCAACAACCGUUUGACUUGGGUUGAUGCUUUACCUAUUGCAUUAAUGGCAAUGCGAUCCCAAACUAACCGCAUAACCCAUCUUACUCCACAUGAAAUGCUUACAGGUCGACCAAUGCCACUCCCACAGGUUCGAGGACCCCAGCAGGAGGAGGUUUCCCUGGCACAGCUUGAACGUGAACUGGGGGAUUACCUCAGAUCCUUAACACGCAUUCACAGACUUAUAUUUCAACAGGUGAAAGCUGCCCACAGCCGAGACGAGACACACAUUCCAGCGGACGUCAGAGACGUUCAAGUUGGGGACAGUGUGUUCAUACGAGUCUUUAGACGUCAGUGGAACGAGCCUCGUAGGGAAGGCCCCUAUAAAGUUGUACUUACCACUCCCACUGCCCUGAAAGUUGAAGGUAAGCCCUUCUGGUUCCACAAGAACCACUGCACCAGGCAUCGGCCUCCAGACCCACCUGGACUUGAUCCAGGACCGACGGGCUCUGCGCAUGCUGACAGGGCAGCAGAAAGUCUCCCUCCGCAACACCCCUCCACGAGCUCACAAAUCUUGGAAUCAGAUACUAAUGCCCCCUCUCCGCCGUCCACCUCAGCCGGUCAGAGGCGGUCUGAACGCCUGGCGGCCAGGCGGUCUCCUAUGUCCAGGGACUCUGAGGAUGAUAGUGUUCAUUCUUAUGCUCCCGAUUCGCCUUCUGACUCUGGUGGCACUGAUGAUGAUCCUUCUGCCGCUCAGAGCACUGAUGGGUCUAACCCUGAUCCAUCCGUCGUUCAGACGUUGGACGAACGUGUUUUUUUUGACCCACCAGAUGCUGGUGGAGUCGUGUCACCUUCACAUCCCGCACCUGCACUUUCCCCUUUUUUCCCCUCCCUUUCCUCUUCCUCCUCCGAAGCUGAAGGGCCGCCGAUCGACUCGGUCCCGCCCACUCCAUCGCCGUCUGGGCAUUACCCGCAUGCGUACAACUUUGACUAAUGUUCUUGUUUUGUUAACCCUUUGUGGGUUAACAAGGGGGGAUCUAAUUAAGGUUACUACUAACAACACACACCCACACUUAAUGCGUCAAACACAAACAUGUGCCUUAGCGAUGGUAACACUAGCUACUAACCAAGGGGUAAUCACUAACAAUAAUGAAGAAAGUAAAUCAAUAAUGCAUGUGCAAAGUAUGUUUUAUAAUUAUGUAAUGUCUGAAGAAAUUUUAGGGAAGUCAAUGGGGAAACAUUGGCUUGGACUUCCCCGAAGCGCGGACUGCCAUGGGGAUGGGAUGGUGAUCAUUGAGGUAAGAUGCAAAACAAACAUAUGCCAGGACACAGUAACAAAACAGAUAAUGACAGUAGAAAGAGCGCAUAGCAUGGUGCAAUUAGUGAACAGAAGACUGAAA